GUGCCUGCCAAGUUUCCUAUUUCCCUAGUGGUUCUAACUUCGUUAAACAGACCAUGACGUUUGCAGAUUUACGAAAAGGGACUCGGAGACUCAAAUCGCUGUGAAAAAGGAGAAGAAGCCUUAGCGAUUUGUUGGUUUCUUUUCAGCUCCGAGGAGACAACAACUAUGAAUCCCACUAGCAAUGCAGUACAAAACGAAGAAGGUGCCUACAUUGAAGCCUUGAUUAACUUUCGUGAUGUCGGCAUCUCUACUAAGGUUGAUGGGCAGCAAUACGUGAAGGAUGGCCUUAUAUUUAGAUCUGGGACGCUGGAUCAAUUGAGCAACGAUCAAGUCGAACAGUUCAUAAAAGCUCACAAUAUCAAGACGAUACUGGAUCUUCGAACAAGUUUGGAAGGAAAGGAUAAUCUUCCCAUCGACAAAAAUUUUCCAACCACGGCUAUUGAAAAUAUUAAGGCCAUUGACUUGAUUACCGCCGAUGUCACCCCUGAACGCCACGAAAGCAAUCAACCUGAAACUGACCAUGGCCGAAAAAAAUAUCGAGUCAACUUUGCCGGACGCAGUUUUGAACGCAAUGUAGUAUGGAAUAUGUGCACACUAUGGUUGAAAUUGAGGCUCAUUUUCUGGAUACUAGUCGGCAAUAAGGUCCAUGCCACUCUCUUGGUCGGAUCGGAGAUAUUGACGCCUAUGGGGUUACCCACUAUGUAUAAACAGUUCUUAAAGGCCUGCAAAAAUGAAAUUUUGGACGCCCUACGUAUAUUUACGGACCCUACUAACUAUCCCAUCCAUGUACAUUGCACGCAAGGAAAAGACAGGACGGGUAUGGUGUGCAUGCUUUUACAAGGUAUUGCUGGAGUCCCUGAAGAUGUUAUUGUCGCAGACUAUGCUCGAACUCAAGAGGGAUUGGCUCCAGUCCUUCCACAGAUGAUAAAAGAGAUGGCAAAAUCCGGGUUAUCUGAAGAAUUUGCGACUGCUCGACCAGAGUAUAUGCGUGAAGUACUGACCUAUUUAAAGAGCGAGUACGGCGGUAUUUUACCCUAUUUGAAUUCUAUUGGGUUUGGACCCUCCUGGCAAGAUCGUAUUCGAAAGAACAUUUGUCCUGAGGCUGCUUCCAAUUGAUCAUGAGCGUCGAACCGAUCCUGCAUGAUUAGAUACCUCCCUUCCUUCCAUAAAGUAAAACUUUUUAUUUUUAUUUUUCAGAGACAAGGAUUAUGCGCGUCCCUCCGUCGCGAUCAGCACCAUUUCAUCGUAGAAAUAGUACAUCUAUAACGAAGCAUGUAUUUGAGACAGUCGCACAAAGUCAACAUCACAUUAACAUCAAUUAACAAACCACCCCUUUUACAUGGUGUUGUGGCUUUUACAUUCAAAAUAAAACAAUGUUGUCAAAGCAAGUCG